AUGAAGGUGCAACGAGUGUUUAUCAUCAUCGCUUUUCUGGCCGUGAUGGCGUCGGUUACCAAGUCUGAAGACAACGCUCACAUCUACUGCGGCAGAAACUUGGCUAUUACACUGGCUAUGCUUUGUGAAAAUGGCAUGAUGGUGAAGAGGGCGGAGUCCUACAACGCUCUGGUGCCGCACGCCGGCUGGAUGUGGAUGCCGCCGCAGCGCGCCCGGGCCCUGGCCCGAGGCAAGAGGCAGAUCGCCUCCGAGUGCUGCGACAAGGCCUGCACCGAAGACGAACUUUUGACGUAUUGCGCCAACUAA